CCCCUCACUGUGGCAGCUGUGCUGUCUCUGUGGUCCCAUUACACAUCAUAGGCGCUGCUCUGACACCCAUUAACUGUUUACCAGCUCAACUCAGGACUUUUUCUAAGUCGGACCAUCCAUUCUAUUAUCAAUGGACCUUCUCUCUAAAACUGGUUGGACAAGGUAGCAGGGUGCACUCACUGUGUGAGCUGGGCUCAGUAUCAAGUGAUGGUUGAGCCCUUCAAAGACUGACUGGCACGGUACACCUAUUGUUACACAGCUGGUAGGCUGAAACACCAGUGCCUCAACACUGACCUUGAUGCCUAAUAGGUUUCCUCAGGAAACAGAAACUCCUUCGCCCAGCUGUUUGGAAGCAUUCCACCUUUAAUAUCUCAGGGUGAAAAGAGUGGAGAACAAACCAGAGGCUUUUCAAACAUCGAUUUACAGCUCAUGCGACAGGGACAAGGAGACAGAGUAAUUUGACUUUUGAUCAGACGAAUUCUUCUAUCUCGUCAGUGGAGAAUGGAGACGUGUGGGAAACGGAUGUUUACUCUGAAACUUUCAUUGUGAAGGAUGGAGGAGGCUGGUUCACCCCUGACCCCAGAGCUCAACGACACAGCAGCCAAUGACUCUCUCAGCCUGUGGGAGCCCCUACCCUCUGCUCCCAGCAGGCAACUGGGCACCCUCCCUAACGCCCAGACCCGCUUUAAGGACCUGUCAGGGAUCUUCUUUAUGGUGACCCUCAAUGUGCUCGCCCUGCUCGCCAACACUGCAGUGCUCGUGGUGAUCAUCAAAGCCCCUCACCUCAGGAAGUUUGCCUUUGUGUGCCACCUGUGUGCAGUGGACCUACUGUGUGCUGUGCUUCUCAUGCCCCUGGGAAUCGUGUCCAGCUCACCUUACUUUGCAGGAGUGGUGUUCACCGUGCUGGAGUGCCAGGUAUAUGUCUUCCUUAAUGUCUUCCUCAUUGCUGCUUCCAUCUUCACCAUCACGGCCAUCAGCGUGGAACGCUACUACUACAUCGUCCACCCCAUGCGCUAUGAGGUGAAAAUGACCUUGAAGCUGGCGGCCGCUGUCAUGGUCCUGGUUUGGGUGGCGUCUGCUCUGCUGGGGCUGGCGACCAUGUUUGGAUGGCCGAACUAUGGCAGCCUGAGCACCAUCAGCGCUGCCCACUGCUCUCUGCACUGGAGCCACAGCGGCCACCGGCAGGUCUUCUCCAUCCUCUUCUGUGUGGCCUGCUUCUGUUUGCCCGCCGCGGUCAUCUUCGCUGUCUACUGUAACGUGUACAAGGUCGCGCGGUUGGCAGCACGCCAACACAGACCCAUGCCCUCUUGGACUACCAGUCACCCCAAACGGCGCUCGGACUCCAUCAACAGCCAGACCACAAUCAUUACCACCCGCAACGCCCCCCGCCGAACAACCAGGGACAAGGCCUUCGGAGGGGGCAAGGCUGCCCUCACCCUGGUGGUGAUUGUGGGCCAGUUCCUACUCUGCUGGCUGCCUUACUUCGCCUUUCACCUCCACCUCACACUUAAUGCCUCGUCCAAAAUCCCUACUGACGUGGAGGACACUGUCACCUGGCUGGCAUACUCCUCCUUCGCUGCCAACCCCUUCUUCUAUGGAUUGCUCAACAGGCAGAUCAGGGAGGAGCUAUGGAAGCUGAGGUGCUGCUACACCGCCAGGCCCGUACAGCUGGCUAUGUCCAGCCACGAGGGCUCAGGACAUGAGAACUUUUUGCAGUUCUUGCAGAGGACCAGCUGCACAGUGGAGACCCGUGCCAGCUUUGCCCUCCCUAGUCCCCGGAACACCCUGGACCAGACUGGGCAAACCGGAUUCAGGAUACCAGGGCAGAUACCAGAGGAGUUCAGUUAGAGACACCGCAGGACUGUGGGGCCUGCUUUGUUGGUUGUUUGAGAAGAAGUGUAGAAUUAUGUCAUACACAGCACAACAUGACAUGAGUAAAAUCUUUCUGUUAAUGUGUCAGUCAUUUAGUAUUGUGGUUGCAUUGUUCUAUACAACAACUGUUUUUAUCAGGUGUCUUUAUUGUUACUGCAACAUGACUAAUAGCAGGACUGAUAUACUACUACCACUGUCUCUUUCUACAUUUACAAAUAAAUACAACACUACUUC